AUGGAUCUUCGGCGUAAUCCAUCGACAUAUGCCCCCGCGCAAGCAUCCCUUCUGCAAGGUAUCCCCCUACAGGUUGGAUUCCGGCUGGAGGAUGACUGGACCGGGAUUACCAAUGCGAAAAGAAGGAAGAGAGUACAGAAUCGUUUAAUCAAGAGAGAGAGUCGUCGGCGCAAGCGCUAUGCCGCGGAGAACUCGGAGAACUAUGACCCACCGACAGCAGCACUGAUACCGGUUAUCGGUAACUGCAUAACCAACUUUGCGUGUCUGAGGGAGCUUUACAACCUUAAGAUUCAUUCCGAAAAGAUGAAAUGGGUCAUUCGUCAGCUGGAAUGGAUAUUUCAUGACCGGUCCUUGGCCGGUUCGCCCUGCACGGAACUUCUUCUAGGCCUCACACAACUAAACCUGACCCGGGCUCUGAUGCAUAAUAUCGAAAUCCUGGGAUAUCAAUCGAGCCUGAUGCACAACGAAGCGUUGUCUCCUUUCUGCAUCGCUGGGCCCUCACAGGCCGACAAUGAAAUAGUUUCUCUGCCCCCUAGCCUGCAGCCUACUUCCAACCAGCUCUCGACUCCACACCACCCGUGGCUUGAUCUAUUCCCUAGCCCGCAAAUGCGCGAUAAUUUGAUUGUCUUGGAGCCUUUGUUAGAUGAAUACGGGCUCUGUGGAGACUUAUGUAAGUCGACAGAAGGAACGGCGGGAAUAUUAGUCUGGAAAGACCCUUGGGAUCCGACUGGCUGGGAGAUAACAAGCUCUUUUAUGUCUAUCUGGGGCUUAACAGUCCAAAAUUGUUGGGAUCUUUUUCGAUCUACGAACUAUUGGCGUCUGAAACGGGAAGAGAAGCUAUUAUUCUACAUUCCCUCAGCUAUUUGUAGCUAA